AUGGGGGAGACAAAAGGGCCGGUGGUCGUGACUGGUGCAGCGGGGUUCAUCGGAUCCUGGCUGGUUAUGAGACUUCUCGAGAAGGGCUACGCCGUCCGAGCCACCGUCAGAGAUCCCAGUUCUGUCCCUCGUCUCGCUCCUCUUUCGCUGCGUCUAUUCCCCGUUUCCUUCGACAUUCAACCUGUCGGAGAGGAGAGCGCGCUUCGUCUUCUUCUUCUUCCUAACCGCCGAUCUGUGCUUGCUUGACACACAGGCAACUUGCAGAAGGUAAGGCCCCUGUUGGACCUUCCCAACUCCAAAGAGCGCCUCACCCUUUGGAGGGCUGAGCUCUCGGAGGAAGGAAGCUUCGACGAGGCGAUAGCCGGGUGCUCCGGGGUGUUCCACGCCGCCACUCCCAUGGAUUUCGAAUCCGACGACCCCGAGGUGAGACGACGAGGGCACAAGUACCUAUAAAGAUGGACGCAAAAAGCCUCGACUGUCGUUGAUUGAUCGACUGGUGAGAGAUCGUGGUUUGUGGUGGGCAGAACGAGGUGAUCAAGCCCACGAUCGACGGAGUGCUGAACGUGCUGAGGUCCUGCGACAAGGCCGGGACGGUGAAGCGCGUGGUGUUCACGUCUUCCGCCGGGUCCGUCAACGUGGUGGAGCACCCAAAGUCCCAGUACGAAGAGACCGACUGGAGCGAUUUCGCCUUCAUCCGCCGCGUCAAGAUGACGGGCUGGGUACGCUUCCUCGUUGUGCUCGCUCUCCUCCUGUACUACCCUCUCGAGGGCGGGGGGUCGGGGGGGGGUCUCGCCUGCUCUCAAAACAAACCGCCGUUGUUCUUCUCUUGGCGCAGAUGUACUUCUUGUCCAAGGCGCUGGCGGAGAAGGCUGCAUGGGAUUUUGCGGCGGAGAAGGGAAUCGAUCUCAUCACCAUCAUCCCCACUCUCGUGGUUGGGCCUUUUAUCUCUUCGGAGAUGCCUCCCAGUCUGGUCACAGCGCUGGCCCUGCUCACAGGUUGGUUGGUACUCUCCUCCUCUCAAGUGAACGCCCUCCCUCUCUCUCUAAUACAGAGACACACUGCUCUGCGGAUAGCAGGAAACAAGGCGCACUACUCCAUCCUGAAGCAGAUCCAAUUCGUCCACCUGGACGACCUCUGCAACUCCCUCAUCUUCCUGUUGAACCACCCUGAAGCCAGCGGGAGGUUCAUCUCCUCCUCCCACGACACCACCAUAUUUGAGCUCGCGGAGCUUAUGAGGGGAAGAUACCCAGAGUACGAUAUCCCCACAGAGUACGUACAUCCAAGCCUAGAAACCGACCGCGUCUCAGCUCAGCUUACCCUCAUAACGCCCUGCUUCUUCCUUGUUUUUCCCACUGAGAAGAUUUGAAGAGUUCGACGUCGGAGAGGACAAGAGCCGCAUCGAUCGCGUGCAUUUCUCUUCCAGAAAGCUGAAGGCACUGGGCUUCCAGUUCCAGUACACCUUGGAGGAGAUGCUGGACGGGGCCAUCCAGUCCUGCAGAGAGAGGAAGUUACUGAAACCCAGAACGGCGGAGCCACAGCUCGAGAUGGGGACGCCGUAUAAAGGGGCUGCUGCCGACCCGGCGAUGGUGCCGUCAAACUGA